AUGCCGUUACACAGGGAGCUGAUGGGAUUUGGGUUCAUCACACUAAUGGGUUGUUGCGUGCUGCUGCGGUUUCUUUGGGUGAACGGCCCUGACGGCAUUCUGCAGAAUGGAGCUGUGGAUGAUAACGUGGCGAAAACCAGCCAGCUUCUGGCAGAGCUGAAUUUUGAAGAAGAUGAAGAAGAUACCUAUUACACAAAGGAUCUUCCUGUGCACGCUUGCAGUUACUGUGGCAUCCAUGACCCUGCUUGUGUGGUUUACUGUAACACCAGCAAAAAGUGGUUCUGUAACGGGCGUGGAAAUACCUCUGGCAGCCACAUUGUUAAUCAUCUUGUGAGAGCGAAGUGCAAAGAGGUGACUCUCCAUAAAGAUGGACCUCUAGGAGAGACUGUCUUGGAAUGUUAUAACUGUGGAUGUCGUAAUGUGUUUCUCCUUGGCUUUAUUCCAGCUAAGGCAGACUCCGUGGUGGUUCUGCUGUGCAGGCAGCCAUGUGCCAGUCAGAGCAGUUUAAAGGAUAUUAAUUGGGACAGUUCACAGUGGCAGCCUCUUAUCCAAGAUCGCUGUUUCCUUUCGUGGCUGGUAAAGAUUCCAUCUGAGCAGGAACAGUUGAGAGCACGUCAGAUUACAGCUCAACAGAUCAACAAACUGGAAGAACUUUGGAAGGAAAAUCCAUCUGCAACCCUUGAGGAUUUAGAAAAGCCUGGUGUUGAUGAAGAACCGCAGCAUGUCCUGCUGAGAUAUGAAGAUGCUUAUCAAUACCAGAACAUAUUUGGCCCUCUGGUCAAGCUUGAGGCUGACUAUGACAAGAAACUCAAGGAGUCUCAGACCCAAGACAACAUCACAGUCAGAUGGGACCUGGGCUUGAACAAGAAAAGAAUUGCUUAUUUCACUUUGCCAAAGACCGAUUCAGAUAUGCGUCUUAUGCAAGGAGAUGAGAUCUGCUUGAGGUACAAAGGAGACCUGGCCCCUCUAUGGAAAGGAAUUGGUCACGUUAUCAAAGUUCCUGAUAAUUAUGGUGAUGAGAUAGCCAUCGAGCUGAGGAGCAGCGUUGGAGCGCCCGUGGAAGUUACUCACAACUUCCAAGUGGAUUUUGUGUGGAAGUCUACUUCAUUUGACAGGAUGCAGAGUGCUUUAAAAACAUUUGCUGUGGAUGAGACUUCAGUGUCUGGGUACAUCUAUCACAAACUGUUAGGUCAUGAGGUAGAAGAUGUAAUUAUUAAAUGCCAGUUGCCAAAGCGCUUUACAGCACAAGGACUUCCUGAUCUCAACCAUUCUCAGGUUUAUGCUGUGAAGACUGUCCUGCAGCGUCCUCUGAGCCUUAUUCAGGGUCCCCCUGGUACCGGAAAAACAGUGACAUCAGCCACAAUCGUCUAUCAUUUGGCCAGACAGGGCAAUGGGCCUGUGUUAGUCUGUGCUCCCAGUAAUAUAGCUGUAGAUCAGUUGACUGAGAAGAUCCAUCAAACUGGACUGAAAGUGGUUCGUCUGUGCGCUAAAAGUCGUGAAGCAAUUGACUCUCCUGUGUCCUUCUUGGCAUUGCACAAUCAGAUCAGAAACAUGGAUAGCAUGCCAGAGCUUCAGAAACUGCAGCAGCUUAAAGAUGAAACUGGAGAACUGUCAUCUGCUGAUGAGAAACGUUACCGUGCACUGAAACGCACAGCGGAGCGGGAAUUGCUUAUGAACGCAGACGUGAUCUGCUGCACCUGUGUGGGAGCUGGGGAUCCAAGACUUGCCAAAAUGCAGUUCCGUUCCAUUCUGAUCGACGAAAGCACACAGGCCACUGAGCCAGAGUGCAUGGUGCCAGUUGUCCUGGGAGCAAAACAGCUUAUUCUUGUGGGUGACCACUGCCAGCUGGGACCUGUUGUGAUGUGUAAAAAGGCUGCCAAGGCUGGUCUGUCUCAGUCCCUCUUUGAGAGGCUGGUGGUGCUGGGCAUCCGUCCCAUCCGCCUGCAGGUGCAGUAUCGCAUGCACCCCGCGCUCAGCGCCUUCCCGUCCAACAUCUUCUACGAGGGGUCACUCCAGAAUGGAGUCACUGCAGCGGAUCGUGUGAAAAAAGGGUUUGAUUUCCAGUGGCCACAGCCAGAUAAGCCCAUGUUUUUCUACGUUACACAAGGACAGGAGGAAAUUGCCAGCUCGGGCACUUCUUACUUGAACAGGACGGAAGCGGCCAACGUGGAGAAGAUAACAACAAAGCUGUUGAAAGCUGGUGCCAAACCAGAUCAGAUUGGCAUUAUUACUCCUUAUGAAGGUCAAAGAUCCUAUCUGGUCCAGUACAUGCAAUUCAGUGGUUCCCUGCACACAAAGCUCUACCAGGAAGUGGAAAUUGCAAGUGUGGAUGCCUUCCAGGGACGGGAGAAGGACUUUAUUAUCCUUUCUUGCGUGAGGGCCAACGAACACCAAGGAAUAGGGUUUCUGAAUGACCCCAGGCGUCUUAAUGUGGCUCUUACAAGAGCAAGGUACGGAGUAAUUAUUGUUGGGAACCCGAAAGCUCUGUCUAAACAACCCCUUUGGAAUCACCUGCUGAAUUACUACAAGGAGCAGAAGGUUCUGGUGGAGGGACCACUGAAUAACCUCCGGGAAAGCCUCAUGCAGUUCAGCAAACCCCGCAAACUUGUCAAUACCAUCAACCCGGGUGCCCGUUUCAUGACCACUGCCAUGUACGACGCGCGUGAGGCUAUAAUUCCAGGAUCUGUCUACGACCGGAGCAGUCAAGGGCGCCCGUCCAACAUGUACUUCCAGACUCACGACCAGAUUGGGAUGAUCAGUGCUGGCCCCAGCCACGUCACCGCCAUGAACAUUCCUAUCCCCUUCAACCUCGUGAUGCCACCCAUGCCACCACCGGGAUACUUUGGCCAGGCUAACGGACCAGCUGCAGGACGUGGGGCGCCCAAAGGCAAGACUGGUCGUGGUGGGCGCCAGAAAAACCGUUUUGGGAUUCCUGGAACGAGUCAGUCAAACCUUCCCAACAGCCAAGCGAGCCAAGACGUGGUGUCCCAGCCCUUCUCCCAGGGUCCCCUGACCCAGGGGUAUAUCUCCAUGAGUCAGCCAUCGCAGAUGAGUCAGCCUGGGCUCUCCCAGCCAGAACUAUCCCAGGACAGUUACCUUGGUGAUGAGUUUAAAUCUCAGAUUGACGUGGCGCUGUCACAGGACUCUACUUACCAGGGUGAACGUGCAUAUCAACAUGGUGGAGUGACGGGACUGUCACAGUAUUAGAGUGUUGAGGAAGAAGAGCUAAGCUUGUGUGGAGCUUAGUUCAUCAGCAUUUUAUUCUGGGUAAUAAAAAAAAUAAAAUAAAAUGGAUACCUGUUUUCCACUGCUAAAACUGAAGCACCACUGUGUGAGAGCAACAGGAGAAAGAAACCAACCAACGGAGAGGAGAAGAGAGAGAGAGAGAGAGAAAGGAGCGCGCGAGAGAGCCCACUGCUAGCUCACUGAGACAAGGAGACUGACCGGAGAGGAGAGAGAGCACCGACGGACUGGCUGGCGCCUCACUGGGAAAGCAACUCCCCCUGAAAAUGAGUGGUCAGCCCAGUCCCUGCUCCCCCAGUCCAACAACGCUCGAGAGAAGGGCCUUAAAGCAGGUUUCACUUCAUUCCAUACUUCUCUUUGCGAGCAGGGCAUUACUUUUCAGAGCAGAUGGGGGAGAGGAAAACCCUCAUCUCAGAGUUGUUCUCGUUUUAAAGGGGUACUAUAUUUUAGCAGUAACUGUUUACAUUUUUAGAAGCAGAGUAUCUGAGAGAGAGGGAGGGAGAGGGAGAAGUUCCCAAGUGACAGCCAGCCAAGCAGAAAUCCAGCGGGACGUAGCUGAUGCUCAACUCUGAGAUGCAGGUUUUGUUGUCCAACACUGGCUCUGAAAUCCUAGUGUCAUCGUGUCGCCCACAUUCUGAACGGGUCUUUCGUGACAAGGUGGUUUUUUUUAAGAGAUUCUUUCCAAGGAGCACUGAAUUUUUAGAAGUUUGUCUCUGAAUUCUUAGUGGUGGACCUGGGAGAUCCUUGUUCUGAGAAGCUUACAAAAAAGUUUAUAAACAAAAAAAAAACUAAAUUAGAGCACCAACCUUGAGAACUUUCAGUGUGAUUAAAAGUUGCAGCAAUCAGCCUCUUCUUCCUACAUUGGAUAGCAGUUAGAGUGAGAGGAGCCUGCGCGCUCGAGCAGGAGGAGGGUUUCAAAGUGUUUUCUGUAUGCUUUAAUUGGCUACUGUCUGGACUCUACUCUGUGAAAACAAAAAAAAAAAAACCAAAAAAAAAACCACAAAAAAAAAAAAAAACCAAGCCUUUCUGUAAGAUGAACUUUGCGCUUGAAAAAAGGGGAUGGGUUCCUGAGCCCUUCGGCCCUGGAGGAAGAGCUGCCAACGGGGCCUGCUUUACUCCCUCCCGCAGAUCUUGGGGAAGAAGUAGUGGAACCUGGGGAUUAUAUUGGUUUUGAAGUAAAGACUCUACAAUGUUACCGAAGCAGGUUGGAAAAAAAAAAUAAAAAAAUAAUUGGGACAAAAGCAGGCAGUUGUUGGAAGGUGGCCUCUGAUGGCUGGGUAUAAUUAGAGAUAAUGGGUUAGGCUUUUGUGUGGCUUCUUCGGUGAUUAAUGCAGAUGCUGAAAGAUUUCAGGUGUUGCAAACCAAACCCGGAGCCCAUUUUUUUUCAGGGAGUGGAGGGGGCUGUGCCAUCCGUGCUGGCUCGAGAGAGAGCUGCAAGUCCUGAGAACAGCACGUUAAGAGAAGCCAUCCAAUUUCUAAGUUGUACCCAUGUCUUAAGUCAUAUGGGAACACUGGGAGCAUUUUAUUUCUGUCUAAACCUUUUUAGAAACGGCGCAGAGAAUUUCAAAUUCCUACAGAAUCCCAUUUUUAUCAGAUCCCUAAAUUAGCUGGACCUCUACCUCCUAAUUGGCAAAGCUCAGUAGAGUGUGAUUCACUAACCUCGGCGUUUUUAAAGUUGGAAUUAAGUUAGCUUUAUACUCAAAAGGGCUCCAAGUGUUUCUAGUCUUUUUUUUGGGGGGGGAACUCAGAAUACCUCUCAUAUGAAUGUACUUAAAUGACAUUUAAAAGCAAACAAGCAAACCAACCCCACGUUUUUUUGUAACUGGGGGGGAAAAAGCCCUUUCAUGACUGUCCUUUCUGUAGAUUGUUGACCCGCUUUCAUAACCUGUAUUUGCUGUAGUUUUUUCUGGAGUGUCUCUCCCCCAGCCCAGACCUGGUGUCGCUCCCCGGGAGUGAGCACACAAAGAUGGAACCAGGUGUUGAAGAACCUUUAGUUCGACAACUGCAAAAAGAAAAAUUAAAAAAAAAAAAAACACCCAAAACCAACAAAAAAACCCAAA